GGUGUGUUGUUCUUUGUUUCUGGGACAACAUGAUGCAGACUCUGUGCCUCCGACCGGCAGACAUUGUUUUCAUAGCUCUGGUUUACUACAAUCAGCUAACACAGGCACAGUUUCGUGGAGAUCCCUCUGUUGCAAUAAUUCGGACUUUCAAAACACGGUCACUGAAGAGAGUCAUCCACAAUCUGUUUGGCAAUAAAAAUAACAUUGACAGAAGAAAUCACCGUCGUAGUUCCCCUUCGGAAACCAUUUGUCUGCUUUUCAAUGACAAUGUGUGAAAAUUCCUUCUCCAGUCUGAAGAAAGUAUAGCAGUGAACACCGACUCAGCAUGUUACAUCAACGAAAAGCCAAGCUUGUCGAGCUGGCAUUUGAAAGAGACCUGACAAGUACAUUUCUCCAGGAAGGAGAAUGGAAUCAAACUUCACACGAGAUUCAACACCGCAUGGAUGAGGCUGCAACUCAUCUAAAUGGAUGAGGAAAAUCCAGGCACUCAGAGACGACUCCUGGCUAUCGUCCUAGUCAAGGAUUCUGUGAACUCUGCUUUCUGUUUCAGCUGUGGAGAGGUAACCUGAAGGCAUUGACUGUUUUGGACCAGAGAUUCCGGUCCCCGUACCAGAAACUUGUGACGGGACGGAGGAGUGGACACAAACUAAGAACCCUCUUCGCUACAGCCAGCUGUGUUGGAUGCAGCUGAAUAACAAGCUGAGAAAAAGAAAGAGCAUUGGACUUUCCUUCUCCAUUCAGAGGACUGCCAUCCAUGUGGUGGUAUGAUGAGACUGUGAGUCAGGAGAAACACAAUCAGACGGGAUCAGAUUGAUAGAGGGAGAGAAAGAAAGGUAGAGGAGUGAGUGUCAAGGUGCCCUCCUGACCCCAAGGUGAUAGCACCAGUCAAGGCAGCAGGAUGACCAGCCUGUUCAGGCGAAGCAACAGUAAUGGAGGCUCCGGUGGGGGAGGAGGAGUAGGAGGUGGUGGUUCUUCCCCAGGAGAGCUCAACAACAGCCGGCCUAACCGACAGGUGCGGCGCCUGGAGUUCAACCAGGCCAUGGAGGACUUCAAGAUCAUGUUCCCCACCAUGGAUUACGAGGUCAUCGAGUGCGUCCUGCGCUCCAACAACGGGGCGGUGGACGCCACCAUCGACCAGCUCCUCCAGAUGAGCAUCGACGGAGAGGGAUCGGAUGACAGCUCUGACUCCGAUGAUAGCAUCCCACCAGAGAUUCUGGAGAGGUCAUUAGAACCUGACAGUUCUGACGAGGAACCUCCCCCCAUCUACUCACCGCCCACUUAUGACAUGCACAUCUACGACAGGAAGUACCCCGAGGCCCCGCCCACUCCUCCACCCAGGUUUGAGGCCCAGCUCCCGCCAGGUCACCGGCAGGUCCGCAGCUACAGGAACUGGAAUCCACCGUUGCUUGGCAACCUGCCAGAUGAUUUCCUGCGGAUCCUGCCACAGCAACUGGAUAGUGUACAGAGCUCACAGAGCAGUCUGUCCCAGCCUUCUUCUUCCUCCUCUCUGUCCUCCAUCGUCCAGCAGACAAACCAGGGAGGUGUCUCCAAGCCAGGGACUGGUGGAGCCCUAGGGGCACCUGGAGGGCCCGGGGGCAUGGCUGGGGUAGUCACGGAGCAGGAGCGUAAACUGAAACAGUACCUGGAUGAUGAACGCAUCGCUCUGUUCCUCCAGAACGAGGAGUUCAUGAGGGAGCUGCAGCGCAACCGCGAGUUCCUUGUCGCCCUUGAGAGAGAUCGCUUGAAGUACGAAUCAAAGAAAUUCAAGUCCAAUCAUUCAUCCUCUUACAUGGAGAAUUCCACAGCAGGAGAGCACUGUGUUUCGAGGUCGAUGGAGGCUUGUACUGCUGUGUCAGAUGAUGCCAUGUUCAGAGACAAACUAAAACACAUGGGCAAAUCAACAAGAAAGAAGCUGUUUGAAAUCGCCAGAUCAUUCUCUGACAAGACAAAGAGAAGAAAGUUAAAAAGAAGAACGCUCCUGAAGCACCAGUCACUGGGCACAGCCAACUCCACAGCCAACCUCCUGGAAGAUGUGGAGGGAAGCCCAGAAGAUGGCCAGCCCAGAAGAUCAGACACUCAGGAAGACGAUGUGCCACACAAGGAGCCUUUGUCAUGAUUCUCCAAGGCUGCACCACAUCAGGGUUUCCAUGGUGACAGCAGAAUGACCCAUGGCUGGUGGCCACGCAAUACUUUGGCUCCCUCCCCUAACACAGGCCAGCCAAUCUCAGGCCCAGAAGUGACCUGGGACCACCCCCUCGCCCAGGAGGAGAGGAAGCAGACUGCUACCACCUCUCCUUAACUCUGACUGUUCAUAACCGCAUUGGAUUACCAUUAUAAUCUCUGUAUUAUAACUCUUCAUUAAUAUAUGAUUUCAUAUGUAAAGGGAAGAUGCAUUAGUCUUUUGACAGUUCUUUUUGUUGUUGUUGUGUCAGCUCCCUUUUAUCCCCAUUGCAGAAGGCAUGGCAGCCCUGCUGGUGAUGAUCUUAACAUAUGGACUCAUCUCGUGUUACCACUCUAAUCUCUUUGAUAUGGCUGGGGUAGGUCACUCUAGAGCCAAAGUGUGCACAAGCACCUCUGAAAUGGCCCAUAAUAAAUCAUGUUCACUCCCAGUACCCAUGUGUUGCUAUGCCCAUUUGGUCACAGUUUUAAACAGACAGUAACCAGUGAUGAUGUGGCAAGUUUUCAACUAGAAUCACAGCUCAAUCCCAUGUUUCCUGAAAGUUCAGGACACAGAAACAACUUGUAAACAGAGACACUAACAUUACAGUUGACUCCCCCUUGUAAAUCUGGAUUUGCCUCGGAGCAAUUUGACUGUAGAUGAUAUCAUCAGAGACCUGUGUGUGUCAGUCAAGGGGUUGUUAUUUAAGUUGCCCUACUCAAAUGUCAACAAACCCUUCUGUUGCACCCUCCUAUAUCAAAGAGGCAUUCAAACCUGCCAAAAGGGUCACUUGUUCCAAGCGGGUCAUAUUUCAUCCCAUAUUGUUAUGUCAAUGUGUAACUAAAUGCCAAGUGUAACCUUUAAUCCCAUUUCAGGAACUCUGACAAACUUCUUAAGAUUUCAUGUGAACUGAAAUAUCCCUCAAGCUAACUGACUGCCAUAUCUCACUAUUCUCAUGUCUUUUUCAAUACAGCCUUUAUAUACUAACCCUAUUUCGUUGAGAGUGAGGGGUGCAUAUUGCUGAAUUCGUGUUAUUAAUGAGUACACAAUAAUAUAACUAGUAGAAAUAUUUGAUAAACAAAUAUGCCAGUGAUCUGUGCACAUUGCUGAUAAACAUGUGUUUUAUGUGGUGUAAUGGGAAAUUAACCGUUUGUAAUGGGAAGUGUUGGGUAUGGAGAGAGCAGAACAUGAUAUGGAUGAUGCCUCUGUGAGGUGAGGACUGGCAUUGAUCUUGAUUAGAUGCUGUUGGGUGUAUCGGUAGAAAAGAGGAGGCUGAUGAUGACCCAGCGCUGUGAUAUGAGUUUCAACAGACGGUCGAGCUAGAUUUAAAGUCAACCCUUUGAGCCACUAUCUGAUUCGCAAGGUUUCACAUUGAUCUGUCACUUUCCCAACUAUUGGAAAUGAUUACUGUCUUAUUCUGAAGCCUUCUCCCCGAAGGGUGCUCUUUGCUCACGAUCGUUAAAAAGGAAGGGACAGACUGGUGUAGGAAAUGGUGGCAACUCUCUCCAUCAUGCUUCUAAAAAUGGCAAUGUUUUAAAAUUGAUGCAUAAAAGUGAGCAAGCCAAGUGCACACUUUAGGGAGAAGGGUGGGGAACUGGAACACCAAUUCAUUCACUCUACCUUCUUAAAUGGAUUUACAUGUAAAUGUUUGAUUUGCUACCUCUCAAUCUAGAUGGCUCCAUGAUUGAAACGUAUGUUUUUACUAUUGAAAUUUAAGAUGAUUCAAAUCACAUCACCCAUUUACAGUUUUUCCUUGAUUCAGGAAAGAGACGUGUUUUAACCCUUCUCUGUCAGGAUGUUGACAGAAGACCUCAUUGGUGAUAGGUCAUGUGUUGUGUAUAUAAAGAGAAGGGUAUGUUUGUUGAACAUACGGAGAAAGUUUUGUCUGUACAAGUAUUGAUUGUGUGAAGGGAGGCUAAAAUCGACCCUUUCAGUGUUCUUUUUGAAGUCUUGAUGUUAUGGAUUGGGUUUGGAAUUUUGCCCCUUUGACAAUUUCUGUCUGUUGUCAUUUUCUUGUUUGUUAGUUUUGCUCUCAGCAUUUUUCUCAUAUAGGUCUUCAAACUCUCUAAACAUGUUUGCCAAUAAAAUGUGUUUAUUGCCCUUGC